UGCUGGGAGAGGAGCAACUGUUCUUAAGUUUUCUUUUUUACAUUACAAAAAACUUUGAUGCUGUGAUAAUUUUGAUUUCGAAAAUGAUAAACAAGAAAAUUACAAAACGUUCCUUGACAACAGAAAUGGACAAGAACGUCAGGCGGAUGUUAAAGCUAAUUGAAGAGGAUGGAGAUUCAUUUGCAAAAAAGGCUGAAAUGUAUUAUCAAAAGAGGCCAGAAUUGAUUUCUCUUGUUGAAGAGUUCUACCGCAUGUACCGGUCUCUAGCUGAACGUUAUGAUCAUGUGACAGGGGAAUUGAGGAAGAACAUUCCAUCAGAUCUGCAAUCCCAGAGCUCAAACAUUUCUGAGGUUGUUUCUGAACCAUCCUCAAUUUGGCCGUCUCCUGUACUUGAACAGAGACUGCCAAAUCGUAAAUCUGGGCCUCGAGCUGCUGGUUUUGAAUUCUUUCUUGGUUCUGGUGGAAGUAGCUCUGAUCUUCAGAAAGAAGGAGAUGAAUCAUCUACACUAACGGAUUCUGAGUCAGAAUCUGAUGACUCCUCUGUAAACAAUUACUCAGGUCUAUUAGGGAAUGGUGGGGAUCAUGCACAGAACAAGAAGAUAAUUGAAUUAGAGAUUAAGCUACGAGAAAUGAAAGAGAAACUCUUGAUGCAGCAGGAGGAGAAUGGAGAUGGCUCAUUUAGCGAGGUGAGAAAUGAGAAUUCUGAGGGUCUGCUUGCUAGGAUUGCAGGAUACGAGCAACAGCUGAAGAUUGCUAAUCAGAGAAUACUGCUUUCUGAAGAAGAGGUGGCCAGAUUAAAAAUUGACCUCCAGAAGUACAAAUCUCUGGAGUCAACCAAUUGUUUACAGCCUGAGUUCGCAUUAUCAACAGAAGAAAAUGUUAAUACUAGAGAGGCUGAGCUGGUACCUGAGAUGACCGAGGAAUCACAGCUUCAAGAAAAUAUUGACAGACUUGAAGCUGAAAAAAAUAUUGACAGACUUGAAGCUAAUACUGAGGAAUCUGAUAGCACGAUUAAGGCACUAGCAGAUGAACUCAAAAUCACAAAACAGAAGCUACAAUAUGCAGAGAAUGAAAUUGUUAGUUUGAAACAUCAGCUUGAGAGUGAUAGACCCUCUGAAAAUGUCAUCAAUUUGCAGGGUCAGCUUACAUCUGCUCAUAAAGACAUCAAUGCAUGGAAAGCCCAGUUUAAUGCAGAAAGAAACGAGGUCACCAAACUGCAGCAAAGAAUUUCAUGGUUGAAAAGUAGUUUAUCAGACAGGGAUCAUGAGAUCAGAGACUUACAAAUAGCAGUAUCUGAUGCUGAGCAGAAUAUCUUUCCGGAAAAAGCACAGAUAAAGGCUGAAAUAUCUAGAUUGUUGGAGGAACGAAAAUGCUUGGAGGAGAAGCUAAGAGAAUGGGAGUCACGUAGCCGUUCCCUUGAGGAUGAAAUUAGAAGGUUAGAGACAGAAAAGUUAGAAACAGAGGAAAGACUCAACUCUGAAAUCAAUCAGUUAAAGGAAGAAAUUCAUGAACGAGAUGGUCACGUAGAAAAUUUGAAUAAAACCCUUGAUUCUUUGAAGUUAGAGAGAGAUAACCUUAUCGUGCAAGUUACUACACUCAAAGCAGAUGUAAUCUCUAGAGAAGAUCGGAUUGAUCAAAUGGAUAAGCAUUUACAGCAAUUACAUAUGGAGCAUGUGAAGCUGAUUACCAGUGCUGAAGGGGCACGUCAAUUGGCAGUUGAAUUGAGAUCAAAAGUUAAGGAUCUGGAAGAAGAAGUUGAAAGGCAAAGAGUUGUGAUCGUAGAAGGAGCAGAAGAGAAAAGGGAAGCUAUCAGACAAUUGUGUUUCUCACUUGAACACUACAGAAAUGGGUAUCAUAGGCUUAGGCAGGCUUUUGUUGGGCACAAGAGGGUUCCAGUUUUGGCAGCAUAAGUUGGUGUGUGAUAUUGUAUGCUUGUUCUGGUGUGUUUGGGCUGAAUAUGCCCUGUUUUACUAGUACUGUUGGGAGGAUAAAGUUUGUCUUGUGAUAGUAGUUUUGUGUAUGAAAGAUAUGAAAGUAAAUUCUAUCUCGGGUAUCAUUUGGGCAAAGUGGAAUGCGCCCUAGCACUAAUAGGCUUGUAAAAAGUCCGGGAAUCCUCAUUUAAAUUGAUAUUUGAGGCUUCUUUUCCCUUUCCUGUCCUCGUUUUAGUGAGCUUCAUUUCAAGUUGCA